AUGCCGCCUCGGCUACCACAACAGGCAGCGCGCGCCCUGCGCAGGUUGGCGUCGUUGCCGUCAACCCCUUCCCACCCCAUGGCACGAUACCUCACCACCUCGACCACGCGCCUGGCUGCCCCGGCCGCCUCGAGCCACCCGUCCCUCCGCCUGCCCGCCGACUUCGUCCCGCCGACGAAGCCGCCCUCGGCGCGCCCUCCCGAAACGCGCAAGUCGCAGCUUAUCCGAACCUAUACCUCGCUCCUCCGCACGACGCCCCUGAUCCUCUUCUUCCAGCACAGCAACAUCACGGCCGAGGAGUGGUCUGCCCUGCGCCGCGAGCUCAAUAUGGCCCUUGCCGCUGCCACCCCCGAGGGCGCGCCCAUCGACGGGCAAGACGUCCACCUCCAGGUCCUGCGCACCCGGAUGUUCAACGUCGCCCUGAAGCUGGUCGAGUUCUACGACCCCGAGGCCGCCAAGGCCAAGCCCGGCGUACAGACGAGCACCAGGGGCCCCAUCGUGCACGACCUAAGUGCGGCCGCGUACGAGGCCAUGAAGGACUUCGAGCCCCCCGCCGACUCGGCCUACGCGCAGAUCUCGCCGCUACUGAGUGGUCCGACUGCCGCGCUCGUUUUCCCCGCCGUCUCGCCUGCCCACCUCGCGGCGGCCCUACGGAUCCUCGCCCCCAGUCAGCCCCAGUUCCCCGCGCCGACGCGCAAGAAGAGCCCCGGCUACUAUGACCCGCCGUGCCAGAGCGCGCUGCAGAAGCUGCUGCUCAUCGGCGGGCGGGUCGAGGGCGACGUGUUCGACGUUGACGGCGUCAAGUGGGUUGGCGGCAUCGAGGGCGGCCUCGAUGGUCUGCGGGCGCAGCUCGUCCAUCUGCUCCAGAGCGCCGGCCUGGGUCUCACCACGGCUCUCGAGGGCGGAAGCAAGAGCCUGUGGCUGGCGCUGGAAGGUCGGAGGACGCAGUUGGAGGACGAGGGUAAGGAGGGCGAGACGAAGGCCGAGGGGGAAGCCAAGAGCGAGUAA